AUGAAGCGAUUGCCAUUGCUUCUCCUCUUCACGCUCAUUCAGCUGCUACCUGGAACCGUCGAGGCGCUCAGCGCGGCCGGUGGAGCAGAAACCGUCUUUUUCUACCAAGCCUAUCUGCUGGAAUUGCAGCAUGUCACAAAUCCAGAACGUCGUGCGAUUGCUCGCAAGUGCCCUAUACCUGAGGGGAGAGUGGGGUGCAGCUUUGCCGAAUUUGUGAAAUUCAUAAGCAGCAACAAGGCCCGGGGAAAAAAUCAAGAAAACUGGUCCCAGCUUGUAAAGAUCUUUGACGAUGCCGAAGACACGUCCCUACGGGAGACCUCCAGGAAACUCCGAGAAGCGCACUUUUUCGCCGAAUACGACCAAGAAACAUUCUUUGAGAAGGACCCUGAAGCCCACUCCUUGUCUGUCGCCAUUCGGAAAGCAAGGGCAAUCGUGACGACUACCAAGAAACCUAAAUACCCGGACCAUAAACGAAAAAUGAUCGAAGCAUUGGAGCUGGAGAGUGAAUUGCGGCAGGCGGACAACAUGAAAUUUUUCAUCCCAAAGUUGGAGGGAGAAUUGGGUAUAACGUUGGAAAGGAAGUUAGCAACGACGUCCGAUGGGCUGAAAUAUGAGACGUACGACAUCCAAGCAACGGCGGAAAAGAACGAGGGCGUCCAGGAUUUGGCAAAGAAGCUCGAGGAGGCAGCAAACAAACUGCGCAAGAUGACGAGAAAGAAUGGGGAUGACAUGGAAUUCGCGAUACAUCAGGCGGUCAUUCGAGAGGUACAGGAGUCGCUUGCUAAACUGAAGGAAAAGUGUCCUUAG